GUGAGUGGCUGGGGCUGCUGUCACACCAAUCAGGGCUUUCCUCCAUACAGAAGGGGAUUCCUGGGAAGAAAUCUGCAGCCUCACUGUAUGUCCCAUCCGCUGUCAGCGUGCUUGGAGCUGGAGGGCAGACAAUGAGGAGCAGUGGGCAGGCAGCCUAACCCAGGAGGUGGGGAAGAAGCUGAUCUGCAGGAUCUGUCAUGACGAUCUGCUUGUAGAGGGAGGGGAGAAGGAAGCUCAGUCCACACAGGGCUUGUAUGGGGAAGGAGAUCCCAGAGACGCAAUUGUGCAUGCCCCUGCCAUGUGCCUGAGCUGAGCCAUCCUGCCCCACACCUUGUUUCUUCCUGUGCCUUCUAAAGACUUUUCCAUGUCUGGAUUUAGACAAGACCCCUUCCACAGCUAAGCCUUCCAUCUGUCCCACUGCAAGGAUCCGCACACUGCCCAUUUCUUUUUGUGUUUUACUACUAGGAUCUGUGUUGUCCUGAGGAGCAAUCAUGGAGAGGAGAAGUUCAGCAGACCAGUGUCACCCCCUGUUGGAGGAGCAACCAGUCCCCGAUAGGACGACCAAAGGGGAUAAGAAAUUCCGCCUGUGGUACGUUGGGUGGUCAUCUCUGGACCGUAGGACGACUUUGCCCAUGCUGCCAUGGCUAGUGGCAGAAAUUCGCAGAAGGGCCGAAAGACAGGAGCCCCCCGGUUUCGUGGCCCCUUGUCGCGAGGUGCAGUUGUUGCUAGUGGCCCCGCACCUUCGUUGUGUGCCAGCCUUGAAUGGCAACACGGCGGUCUUUAUCUUCGAACACAAAGCACAGCACAUCGCUCGCUUCAUCCACAACACCCAAGACCCCUCUUACUUUGCCUACUUGAUUAAAUCUCAGCCUGAUAACCCAGAGUCUGAGAUGACCUGUCACGUCUUCAAGGCUACUGACCCCAGUCAGGUGUCUACGGUCAUCAGUAGCAUUAGACAAGUGUCUAAAGUUGCACUGCAGGAAGAUUCCAAGGUUAGCCGUGAUGGUGAAGAUGCCUUUUAUAAUUCCCAAAAGUUUGAGGUUUUAUACUGUGGGAAAGUGGUCAUUGCUUAUAAGAAUGCUCCCUCUACUCUCGUUGAUGACUGCAUUGAGAAGUUCUCUCAACACGAACGGCAGCGCCUGAGACUGCUUAGUGAGCAGCGCAGUAUAGACUCCAGCUCUGACCUUGCUUUGGCCGAGACCGAUGUCCCAGUGUCUCCAACUGAUAGUACAUUUCAGGAGCAGGACUCUGAGCCCAAUGCCAAUUCUGCCUCCAGGAACCAUUCAGGGAUAUUUACAGUAGGUAGCCAGAGCAAUCUUGGUUCUAUACGGGUAUCAUUUCCUGAGAGCAUUCUAGAAGACUCAGGCUUUGAGGACCAGCAGGAGUUCAGGUCUAGAUGUAGCAGUGUCACUAUUCAGAAAAAAGCUUAUGAUGGAAAGAUACAGUCAAGAAGACGACAUGCAAGUGCGCCAAGCCAUGUCCAGCCAUCAGAUUCCGAAAAGAACAGGACAAUGCUCUUUCAGGUUGGAAGGUUUGAAAUCAAUCUUAUAAGUCCUGAUUCCAAAACGGCGGUGCUGGAAAAGAACUUCAAAGAUAUCUCGUCGUGUUCUCAGGGUAUUCAACAUAUUGAUCACUUUGGUAUUGUCUGUCGUGAAUGUGUGGAACCGGGAAUAAGCCAGUAUAUUUGUUACGUCUUCCAGUGUGCCACUGAAGCAUUGGUGGAUGAAAUCAUGCUGACAUUGAAGCAAGCUUUCAGCACUGCUGCUGCCCUCCAAAAUGCCAAGACUCAAAUCAAGUUAUGCGAGGCCUGUCCUAUGCAUGCUCUGCACAAGCUGUGUGAGCGAAUCGAAGGGCUGUAUCCUCCAAGAGCCAAACUGGUAAUACAGAGACAACUGUCUUUGCUGUCAGACAACGAACAAGCUGACAUUUUUGAACGUGUCCAGAAAAUGAAAGCUACAAGCGACCAGGAGGAGAAUGAACUUGUCAUACUUCAUCUAAGACAGUUAUGUGAGACCAAGCAGAAAACCCAUGUUCAUAUUGGCGAGAUGCAGUCGAGUGCAUCAAACAGCUCCCUCUCGGAGAACACUGCCCCCAGUGGCCGCUUCAAGUUGGAUAUUCUCAAGAAUAAAGCCAAGAAAUCUCUGACCAGCUCUCUGGAAAAUAUUUUCUCAAGGGGUGCAAAUCGAGUGAGAGGACGACUGGGCAGCAUGGAUAGUUUUGAACGUAACAGUUUUGCAUCUGACAAGGACGGCUCUCCUGGGGAUUCUCCUCCGACCACCCCACCGUCUUCUCCUGUGUCAUCGUCCUGGCAAUCAUUUCCAGAGGAAGACCCAGACUCCCCCCAGUUUCGCAGACGGGCUCAUACAUUUAGCCACCCGCCAUCGAGUACCAAGCGGAGGAUAACCUUUCCUGAUGUAAAGUCACCAAACAGCAGAUCCCCCCUUCAAAGGCAGCACUCACUAGCCUGUGAUGGGACACAAAGCAGCCCCAUUCCUAUUCUUCGGCGUGUCCGCACUGAGAGUGAACCUUCGUUUUCCAGUCUCCCCUCAUCCUUCACUGCCCCUUCUUUCCUGAAAAAUCUUUACCAAGGUUCAGGGAGAACUCCCCCCCAAUCUGAGAGAGAUGCUCCCAAGAGUGAAAGUGAAGGAAGGAAGAGAACGAUUUCUUCUUGUAGUAACGACUCUUUAAACGCUAGCGGAACAUCCCUCAUACCACGACGAAUUUCGUGGCGCCAGCAGAUUUUCCUCAGGGUAGCUUCACCAAUGAUCACCUCCCCCUCAGAUAUGCAACAUAAAGAUCAUUUAGAUGUGAACGAUUUGCUGCCUUUAUCCCCCCUUCCUCCUACCAUGGAAGAGGACCCACUAGCAUCUCUUCUUCAGGAUGAAAGUUCUACAGAAAGCGCUGAUGGGAAGAGAAAUUCUGAAGAUCUUCAAAGGUUAUGGCGGAAGGCAAUACAUCAACAGAUCCUAUUAAUACGGAUGGAAAAAGAGAACCUGAAACUUGAAGAAGCAAGCCGAGAUGAACUUCAGUCUAGAAAAAUUAAACUGGAUUAUGAUGAAGUUGGACUUUGUCAAAAAGAAGUUUCAAACCUCUGGGAUAAAAAGUUAAACUGCAGAACAAAAAUCCGGUUUGACAUGGAAGAGAUAUAUGCUACAUUGAAAGAAGGUGUUUCAAAAAGCAAGCGUGGGGAGGUAUGGCAGUUUCUCUCUGUGCAGUAUCGUCUAAGGCACAGACUGCCAACCAAACAGCAGUCUCCAGAUACAACAUAUACCGAUCUUUUGAAACAACUUACUGCCCAACAGCAUGCUAUCCUUGUUGACCUUGGAAGAACGUUUCCAACCCAUCAGUAUUUUUCCACACAGCUGGGGGCAGGCCAGUUGUCUUUAUAUAACCUUCUUAAAGCAUAUUCUUUGUUGGACCAAGAAGUUGGCUACUGUCAAGGAAUCAGCUUCGUGGCCGGGGUUCUUCUCUUACACAUGAGCGAACAGCAAUCCUUCCAAAUGUUAAAGUUUCUUAUGUACGACCUUGGCUUCCGUAAGCAGUACCGGCCAGAUAUGAUAUCUCUUCAGGUUCAAAUGUACCAACUUUCCCGGCUUCUUCAUGACUACCACAGAGACCUCUAUGACCAUCUGGAAGAGAAUGAUAUUAGUCCAAGCCUUUAUGCUGCUCCAUGGUUUCUGACAUUAUUUGCCUCACAAUUUCCCCUUGGAUUUGUUGCCAGAGUUUUCGAUAUUAUUUUUGUCCAAGGAACUGAAGUAAUUUUCAAAGUAGCCAUUUGUCUUCUCGGAAACAAUAAAGAGCAGAUCAUGGCAUGUGACAACUUUGAGAGUGUUGUGGAUUUUCUGAAGAUCAAUAUACCUGAUAUGACAAAGGACACUAUGGAGAACGUUAUCACACAGGUAUUUGAAAUGGACAUUUCCAAACAACUCCAUGCUUAUGAGGUUGAGUAUCAUGUAAUUAAUGAUGAGAUGUUGGAAGCCUCUAAUUCCUGUGAUGAUGCAGAGUCCUUCCAUAAGCUAGAAAAAGCCAAUAAUCAGCUAAAAAGGCAAAACAUGGACCUUCUGGAAAAACUACAGGUAGCUCACACCAAAAUUCAGAAUCUGGAAACCAAUGUUGAAACAAUUUUAUCUCGAGAAAGCAAAAUUAAAAACCUGAUCCGCUCUCUGGAGCAAGACAAAUCGGCGUAUCAAAGGGCUGUGGAGCAAAUGAAGAAAUAUGUGCCAGCUCAUGUACUGACAGACUGUGAACUUUUGCUAAAGGAUCUUAACUGUAGCCCAAACAACAAAACAAAGACAGGAAGUAAGCAAUAAACAUACAGCUAGUGCCGCUCUGGCAUGAGGCCACGUUGUUUCCUAAAACAACCAAAAGCAAUUCAUGCAUGCUCUGAUGGAGGACUGUGGAUUCAAUGCAUGAUCAUGUACUUUUCACCGGUGUUGGGGCUUUUAUUGUGCACAGAUUUAUUAUGACUGGAGUAGCCUACAGCCUUUUAAUUAAAGUCACAAAACAUCAUCAGAUUACUUACAGAGAUUGUCUCUGUAAUUUCUGUAUGCAAUAAACUGGUCAUUGUAUACAGUACUAAAAAGGGAAAAGCAAUUUGUUUUCAUGUGUACAUUUCGAAGCUGACACCUGAAGUCACCAAUCAGAGAUGAGACAGUAUCAACUGUCAGUUACAGAGAACACUUCAUAGGGAGAGUAACAAUACUUGAAAAUGAAUGACGUUUCCCAAAGAACAGCAUGGUUCACACAUCUGGUGUGGAUAGCUUGUAUGAACUGCUAUUUGUGCCUGUCAUGAUUCCACUGACAUUUGUUACACACGUAGAGUUUUUAUUAAGGAAUCACUGCGUCAUGAUUAAUGAAUGGACAAUAUAUUUGGUUGCCUAUUAUUUGUGUAUUUUUAUUGUCACUGUUUUAAUGUUGGCUAGAAAUAUGCCUCCAGCACUUGUAAUAAGGUCAGAAUUUCAUAGCAACAUGUGUUGGUCACAUCAAUUAAGUUUGUAUGUAUGACCUCCUUAAAGUUUAAAUCCUGCCACAUAUAAAUAAUAAAGAGAAAAUGUAGGACCUGGAGAAAAAAAAGGGUGUUGUCCAUAGUAACCAGAUUUUUUUUUUUCUGAUAGGAUGCAUUAAAAAAUAUAGCUAAACCACAAAUUACUUGUCUAUCAGUAUUAAGUUUAGGGCAGCAGUGCCCAUAUUUCCUGCUGUUAAGCUUAAAGCUUACUUUAGACAAAGUACAGGCAGUCCCUGGGAUACAAACAAGGUUCUGUAGGUUUGUUCUUCAGUUGAAUUUGUAUGUAAGUUGGAAAAGGUAAAUUUUUUUAAGUUAACUUCAGCCAAAAAAAAAAAUGUUUUUAAUUUUUUUUGGGUAGCAUAGGGAAUACCCCUAUAAUGUGUUGUUUUGCUUUCUGUCCCAGUGACAAUAGGAUUUAGAAAAUUUAGGGUUGUUGUGGAAACAAGGAUUGGUGAAAAAGCUUCAAAAGGAGACACCUUUUUCCCAUGAUAACUGUAAAGCCUUGUACACACAAUCAGAUUUUCGGACGACGGAACAUCCAUUUUUUGUGGCAUACUAGUCUUGUGUUGAAAGUGAAGAGGUUACUCACAAUACGAAAAUUUCCAUAUGAUAAAAUACAACAUCAGAAGUGACGUAAUGUGUUGAAUAGUUUUGUAUGUAUUUCUUUUGAGUAUGCGUAGUCUUGCGCUUACGUUUUUUUUCGUACAAAAACCAUACUAAUGAAACAAAAAUCAGACAUUGAGUUCACGUCCGACAAAAAAUGUAUAGUCUGCACAUUCAGAUUUUGACUGCCGAAAAAGCGAAAUCGGCUGUCGAAAGCUUGUCGUACCAAUUUUUCCAUUCGGUUUUUGUAUCGUGUGUCAGGCCUUUACAGGUAGAUUUCCUCUCACUUAAUGUUGUCUCCCAAUGUUUGGAAGUAUGAGUCGUUUGUAAAUCGGAUGUUAUGGGGAAAGACUACAAGCAUUGAACUUAUUCUCUCUGGAGAAGAGACGCUUGAGAGGGGAUAGCAUAGCGAUUUACAAAUACCUUACUGGUGACCCUAGCAUAGGGGAAAAGCUUUUUAGUUGGAGGGAGUUUUAAUAAAAAACGCGACCAUUCAUUGAAACUGGAAGAGAAUCGGUUUAACCGUGUAGAGAGUUCUUUAGUGUCAGAGUGGUAAGGAUGUGAAAUUAUUUUCCACAAGCAGUGUUAUCAGCAGGGAACAUAGAUCGUUUAAAAAACAAA